AUGUCAAAAACGAAUUUAUAUGCAUUCGGUUCCAAUGGUAACGGACAAUUAGGUGUUGGAAAUAAAGAUGACGUGCUCUUUCCUUCCCCGUGUUCUUUUUCUGGACACACUAAUCCCUUUAUUGACUCACCGCAAAUGAUAACAGGCGGUGGAAACCAUUCCGCUGUUAUCACCAAUAAAGGCGAGUUAUGGAUGAGUGGACUGAACACUGACCGUCAAUGCGGUUUACCAAGUAACAUUUCAAACUUGACUGCCUUUGAAAAAGUUGUACUUAAUGAAGACAAAAAUACAAACACGCAAAGUAUAAGCGCAAUCAAAAGUGUUGCGUGUGGUUGGACCCAUACAAUUAUAUCGACUGAAAGAGGUGAUGUAUACGCGUUUGGUAAAGGCUCGUUUGGUGAGUUGGGGUGUGGGCCUUCAAACCUAGCUUUGAAUGGCAAAAUUCUACGAGUUGAAGGACUCGCAAAUGUUUGUAAAGUCGCGUGUGGUUUGCGACAUUCAGUCGCGUUGACUACUAACGGUGUGUGUUUUGGCUGGGGAAGUAAUCGUUAUGGUCAACUAGGCACAAUUAUUAAUAAUGAGUAUAAUGAAAAACUUGUGGGGUUAUCAUCAAAAUCUACGAAAAAUAUCCAAUAUUUUUCGCCUGUUCGAAUCGCAAUUGAUAAAGAGUCGUCUUUUUUCAUAGCAGAUAUUGCUUGUGGUCGAAAUCAUACUGUUGUUCUUUCCGCAGCAGGUGACAUUUACACAUUUGGUAAUAAUAAAUAUGGACAGCUUGGAUAUGCAUCUCCGCAUGAUAUAACACAUGCUGAACAACCAAGAAAAGUGUCUGUGUUUCCCGGUAGAAUAGUGGAAAUAUCAUGUGGUUGGAGCGCCACAAUAGCACGUAACGACGAUGGUCAAGUAAUAAUAUGGGGAAGAAAUGAUCAUGGUCAAUUAGGAAUUAUUCAAAGAAUAGAAAGUGAAGAUCAAGGUUUUAUUAUUCAACCGGUUCCACUUUGUUAUAUCCCUAAAUUAGUCGUGUUUCCUGAUGAUGGCCACCGCCAUGUUAUUGCCGCUGUUACGUGUGGUUCAGAGCAUUCACUUGCCAUCACGACAACCGGUCAGUGCUUGACCUGGGGAUGGAACGAGCAUGGAAGUUGUGGCUCAGGAAAUACAGUCAAUGUUUUGAGCCCGAAAUUUGUUAAUGGGGAUGGGAUAAUAAGUAAAAUUGGUGCAGGAUGUGGAACUUCGUGGAUUUGGAUUUCUGGAUAA